AUGAGGGCCAAGGUGGACGCCUUUCUGGCGGAGGAGCCGGCGACAGCGCUGCUGCGGAGGGCGCAGGAGCAGGCGCGCGUGUCGGUGCGUGUCGUGGAGGAGGCGCUGGAGAGAUAUCGGCCGGAGGAGCUCUCUAUAUCAUACAACGGCGGCAAAGACUGCCUCGUCAUGCUCAUCGUGCUGCUCGCAUGCUUCGCCCGCCGAUACUCGGCCCCGAAACCCGCCCUCGGCGCAACCGCCCCCAACGGACCAUCCUCCUCCUCCUCCUCCUCCCACCUGCCGCCCUUCCCCGAGAAGCUGCGCGCCGUCUACAUUGUGUCCACGGAUCCGUUUGCCGAGGUGGACGACUUUGUCGAGGCGAGCAGCGCCGACUACCACCUCGACGUCAGCCGCUUCAUGCUGCCGAUGAAGAAGGGGCUGGAGGUGUUCAAGGCGCAGAACCCGAGCGUGCGGGCCAUUUUCGUGGGGACGCGGCGGACGGAUCCGCACGGCGAGAAGCUCAAGCAUUUCGAUCCGACAGACGAGGGGUGGCCUGACUUCAUGCGGAUACAUCCGGUGAUUGACUGGCAUUACACGGAGAUUUGGGCUUUUACUCGGCAUUUGGAGCUUCCUUAUUGCCCUCUAUAUGAUCAGGGAUACACGAGCCUGGGAGGCAGAAAAGAUACGCUGCCGAACCCGCGGCUGAAGAAACAGGGCAGCGAUGAUGGGUUUCGACCCGCGUACGAGUUGGUAGAGGACGACGAGGAGCGACUUGGCCGGCGUAGAUGA